GCCCCUGCUAGGACAGCCCGUGCGAGCCUGCUGGAGGAGGAAGAGAAAGGCAGAGAGAGUCGGGUUACAAGAUGGCGGAUCUGUAGUAGUUACCGCGGCGGCGGCGGCGGCGGCGGCGGGAGAGCGAGCGAGCCCUGUGGGGCAAAGGGACGGGAGGGUGGGUGUAUGCGGGGGUGAAGUGAGAGGUAACUGGGCCUCCGGGCGGAGGGUCUCAGUGGCUCUUGUCACCCCUUCUCGCGGCUGAACCUUUGAAGCCAUGGUGAAUUCGGGCCUCUCCGGAGCCGCCACCGCCACUACCGCCUCUACCGUCUCCCAAGAGUGAGGGGCGCGGACGAGGUGAGCGAGGAGGCGGCGGCUGGAGCGGUGGAGACAGCAGCCACCAUGUCGGAUACGCGGCGGCGAGUGAAGGUCUAUACCCUGAACGAAGACCGGCAAUGGGACGACCGAGGCACCGGGCACGUCUCCUCCACUUACGUGGAGGAGCUCAAGGGGAUGUCGCUGCUCGUUCGGGCAGAGUCCGACGGAUCGCUACUCUUGGAAUCAAAGAUAAAUCCAAAUACUGCAUAUCAGAAACAACAGGUUAAAAGUUUCAGAAUGAAAAGUGAAAGUUUUUGUACUGGUGAUCAUUAUCAUUUUUGGAUUGAGCCACUGUCGGUUUAUUCUAAGAUGUGUUUAUUAGUAUUAUUUAACUAGUUAGUCAAGUCUCUUCUAUACCUUGUACACGAAACCUUUUAUUCUGAAUCAUGUUUAAAGGAAAUGACAUAAAACAAAAUUCAAAGGGAUAUUCUUAAAGCAAGGAAAGCCUGUUUGUGGUGUGAAAUUAAAUCAUUUGACUCAAGUAAAGGUAGAGGUUUUGAAGUAGAAGCAUUAAAUCCUGCUGUUUAAUUAUGUAUUUUUAAUAUAGUAAUCAAUGGAUACUUUAUAAAAGUGUACAUUGCCAAUUAUGUAACAUCUUCUGUUAAUAUUUAUUGUCUUAUUUGGGAAAGAAAAUGUGUGUUGUGUUUUAGCAUGCCUGAUUAAUCUGAAAAUGGUAGCAGUGAUUCGAGCUUUUUUUAUUCUGUGAAUGUUUUUAUUUUUAUUAUGAAAUAUAUUAAAAUUGAAAAGUACAGAGAAUAAUGGGUGUCUGCUGUAACACCACCAGAUUUAACAAUGUUAACGUUAUGCCAUAUUUGUUUCAAAUACUUUUGUAAUAUUGAACAUUAUGGAUAGAGUUAAAGCUGGUUUGUAUCCAUCCCGUUCUUUACAUUCGCCAUCCCCUACAUAGGUAACCACUAUUCUGAAGUUGAUGUGUAUUCUUUGUGUACAUGCUUUUAUACCUUUUCUGCAUAUGUAUGUAUCCAUAAAUAAUAUGUAGUCUGUUGUAUGUUUUUAAACUUUACACAGUGGAUAUCGUACUCUUACAUGUAUUCUGCAGCUUGCAUUUUUCACACAUUCGUUUUGAAUAUUUGUUCAUGUUAACAAUGUAGAUCUAGUUUUCUUUUUAAACUGUAUAGUAUUCUUAUGUAUGACAUACACCUAUUGUUACACAUUUGAAUUAUUUCCAGGUAUUUUGUAUGUGUGUGGUAUGUAAAGUCACGAUGGCAGAGAUUUUUGAAGGAAGAUAAAUUAUUUUAGGAUUACAUUUACAGCAUCAGUGCCCACUUCAAGGUGUAUGAAAAUUUGGAUGCCCAGAAACAAGUACUUCAUAGUUGGAGGAAUAAACUUCUGUCUGUUGUGCAGCUUAUUAAUACAAAGUCUUACUGUUAAACAAUUGUUUUAUGUAUACAACACAUUCUUAAUCAGUUAUUUGAAAUACUUUAAAAUUUUCAAUAUUCAAUUCAUAGCUUAUUUUCUCUGUUUAGAAAAUAUUGUGUGUCUUUUUUGAUGGAGAAGCAAAUUAAACAUUUGUCCUGAAUUGAAAACCUGAAGAUGUUUCCUAUACCUUAGACAUAUUAAGGUAGACAUUUAAGUAAAUUUAAUUUCUAAGUUAGCCAAGCAGCUCUUACUCUCUGUCUUUAUACUGAAUUUUUACCAGAUAAUCACUUUUAGUUUGUUUUUGUUUGCUUGCUUCUUUGUGGGGAAAGAAAUACUAAUUUUUUUUUAACAAUAUUUCACUUAUCUGCAUGAAUAUAAAGUUAUCAGGAACUUUGUUCUUAAAUGUAACUAAGUCAUAAGCAGUUCCCUACAAAUUUAGUUAUAAUAAUGCAUUCUCAGAUUGUGUAUAAGAUCCUUUAGCUGUUGUUACGUUGGAAAGAUCACAUUAUGGAGUAGGUUUGUAUUUAAAAUAGUCACCCAGCGUAAGUUAAAAAUACACAGUGGUUCUAUGAAUACUUUAGAAUCAUUAGGACAUGUCGGUAAUUUCAUGUAUAAUGUUACUCUACUAGAAAAUUAGUUCUAGAUAAUUAGCAUUUUUGUAUACACUAAAUAUAAAGUGUUGGAAAAAUUGCAUUAUUUA